CCGGGGCUGGUCGCUCCUUGCGAGCGGCUGAGGCAGAAGCGAGGUGAAGCCGUUUGCUUUUUAUCCCUAAAUGCCUCAAACGCAGCAGCGGCCGGGAAGAGUGAGUCGGUGCCACUCAUUGAGCAGCCAGACGUCGCCGCCUGUGUUUUCUAAUCCUGGGCGUUUUCCUCGCCUUACGACGGCAGCAGCAGCAGCAGCAGCAAAGGUCCUGGGACUCUUUCUUCGGCCGCAGCAGGGGAAGAAGAGGGUGACCAUGCUCGGCUUAUGAGAACCCCAGCUUGUAUCUCCGUCCACAAUGUCCCUGCUGUUCCUCCGCUCUAAGUCCAUCAUCACUAGCAAGAAGGACAAGAGACAUAUGGCGGAAGUCAGUGCCUCCCCACUCAAGCACUUUGUCACUGCCAAGAAAAAAAUUAAUGGCAUCUUCGAACAGUUGGCAGCCUACAUCCAGGAGAGCGCGGCAUUUCUGGAGGAAACGCACAAGAAUGGCGAGCUCGACCCGGUCACCACGGAAGAACAGGUGUUGGAGGUCAAAGGCUACCUGUCCAAGGUCAGCGGGAUCAGCGAAGUGUUGGCAAGGCGACACAUGAAGGUGGCUUUCUUCGGGCGGACGAGUAACGGGAAAAGUACCGUGAUUAAUGCCAUGCUGUGGGAUAAAGUCCUUCCCUCGGGAAUCGGACACACCACGAACUGCUUCCUGCGAGUGGAGGGGACAGACGGCCAGGACGCCUUCCUGCUCACCGAAGGAUCCGAGGAGAAGAAGAGUGUCAAGACGGUCAACCAGCUGGCUCACGCCCUUCACCAGGACGAAUUGCUGACUGCCGGCGGCCUGGUCAGCGUCAUGUGGCCAAAUUCCAAGUGCCCUUUGCUCAAAGAUGAUCUCGUUUUGAUGGACAGCCCUGGAAUUGACGUCACCACCGAGCUGGAUAGCUGGAUCGAUAAAUUCUGCUUGGACGCGGAUGUGUUUGUGUUGGUGGCCAAUUCCGAGUCGACGCUGAUGCAGACGGAGAACCAGUUCUUCCACAACGUAAACGCCCCCCUCUCUCGGCCAAACAUUUUCAUCUUAAACAACCGCUGGGACGCCUCGGCAUCCGAACCGGAAUACAUGGAGGAGGUUCGCCGGCAACACAUGGAACGUUGUACCAGCUUCCUGGUGGACGAGCUGGGGGUGGUGGACCGUGCCCAGGCUGGAGACCGCAUCUUUUUUGUCUCCGCCAAAGAAGUCCUGAACGCCCGCAUCCAGAAGGCUCAGGGGAUGCCGGAAGGAGGUGGGGCUCUGGCAGAGGGUUUCCAAGUGAGGAUGUUUGAAUUCCAGAAUUUCGAGCGGAGGUUUGAGGAGUGCAUCUCGCAAUCUGCGGUGAAGACGAAGUUUGAGCAGCACACGGUCAGAGCCAAGCAGAUUGCCGAAGAAGUCCGACACAUCAUGGAUUCGGUGCAUGUGGCCGCGCAGGAACAGAGGGUUUACUGCCUGGAGAAGUGGGAUGACCGCCAGGAGCGCCUGGGCUUCAUAGAAAAGCAGCUGGACUUGCUCACUCAGAGCUACAAGCUGAAAAUCAAGGAGAUCACGGAAGAAGUCGAGCGCCAGGUGUCCAACGCGAUGGCGGAAGAGAUCAGGAAGCUCUCUGUGUUAGUGGAUGACUUCCAGCUGGAUUUCCAUCCUUCUCCCGUGGUCCUGAAAGUCUAUAAGAACGAAUUGCACCGGCACAUCGAGGAAGGCCUGGGCCGAAACAUGUCAGAUCGCUGCUCCGGCUCCAUCUCAGCCUCUUUGCAGACCACGCAGCAGGAAAUGAUCGAUGGCUUAAGGCCCCUCCUUCCCGUCUCCCUGAGGGGGCAGAUAGACCUGCUGGUCCCCCGGCAGUGCUUCACGCUCAGCUACGACCUGAACUGCGACAAGCUGUGCGCCGACUUCCAGGAGGACAUCCAGUUCCAUUUCUCGCUCGGGUGGACGAUGCUGGUGAACCGGUUCCUGGGGCCCAAAAAUACGCGUCGGGCCUUGAUGGGCUACAGUGACCAGGCUCAGCGACCUUUGCCCCUGACCCCAGCGAACCCGAGCCUGCCCCCCUUACCGCAGGGGUCCUUGACGCAGGAGGAGCUGAUGGUCUCCAUGGUGACUGGCCUGGCCUCCCUCACGUCCAGAACUUCGAUGGGCAUCUUGGUGAUCGGUGGAGUGGUCUGGAAGGCGGUCGGCUGGAGGCUGAUCGCGCUCUCCCUGGGCCUCUACGGACUCCUUUACGUCUACGAGCGCCUCACCUGGACCACGAAAGCCAAGGAGAGGGCCUUCAAGCGCCAGUUCGUGGAGUACGCCGGGGAGAAACUGCAGCUCAUAGUCAGUUACACCGGCUCUAACUGCAGCCACCAAGUCCAACAGGAACUCGCGGGGACCUUUGCUCAGCUCUGCCAGCAGGUGGACGUGACGAGAGAGGAUCUUGAGAAAGAAAUUGCAGGCCUGAAUCAAAAAAUUGAGAUUUUGGAUACUUUGCAGAGUAAAGCCAAGUUACUUCGGAAUAAAGCUGGUUGGCUGGACAGCGAGCUGAACAUGUUCACACAUCAAUAUUUGCAGCAGAGCAGAUAAGCGAUCGAAAUGGGAGCGUGGCGGAGUCCGUCCUGUCCCCCACCCCAGUUACACUAUCGCGAAAAUAGUUCCAGAUGAUGGGACUCUGCAGGGGGAGAUGGAGAACCUCCUUCCUGUCUGUUUGCGCCUGUUCCUUCCAUGCACACGCAAAUUCGAACUCCACUCAGUUUUCCUUUCUCGUCACGUUGGUGCUUUUCGUUUUAGCCAGCCCUUGCGGUCUUAGCAAUGUUUUGCUUAGCAGGAAGAACCUUGACAUCCUGAUUGGUGGGGCUGGGACGCCCAUUCCCCAGUCCUGGAUCUCCCCCCCCCCUUUUUUUUUCAGCCAUCAAUGAAAUAGCAAGUUGAUUCUGCAUUUUUUCAGUGGGUGUGGAAUGAAAUUAACCCCGACGCCUGCUUGCCAUAAAUGAACGACCCUCUUUCUCCCAAAGGGAAUCUUAUAAUUUAUAGGACAAGAUUCGGUGCAUCCCAGCCAAAUUCAGGCCUUGUGGAACACGUUCUAGCUUGGCUUCUCAAUUCUGGAGGUGAGAAACAAUCUUUGGAUGGGCUCCUUCAAGCCUGGAACCCCCUUCCCCAAUUUGCACACAACUGACACAGGUUUCUUAGUCCCAGCCACCCAAACGUGUUUGCAUCAUUUGUUUCUCUCCAGAGUUUUAGGCUGGCAUAUAGUCCUUUGCAUUGCUUACACUGGUUGACAGGAGUUAAAAUUCAAAAUAUCUGGGAAGACUCCAGUUGCCGGUCUCUUUCUGUCCCGAUCCUCAGAAAACGUCCUCAUGAUCACGGUGUCUUUUCCUGUGGCUUUUGCCCUAAAGCGGCGCUCCUAAAGGCGCUAGUCCUUGUGAAGUUAGCUGAGUUACCGCAAAUACUAAUGAAUUUGAGUGUGCGCGCAGGUGGGAGAAGUGUGAUGUAUGUAGUAGUUAGAGGGAUGAAAUGGAAGAAAAGACUCAGAGGGAAAAAUUUAGAAGGUUGCUUUUGGGGAUCUUUCCAAGAGAGAGUGGAUAGAAUUACCAACUGUAGUAGAUUUUGAUGCCUGAAUUGUUUCUCUAUUUAUUUUGUUCCCCCUCCUAAUAUCCCCUAGUUUACGAACCAUUCAUGACUUCUGCAAUUGUCUCUUAGCUUUUUAAUGUUUUUUUUCCAAGGGGGAGAAGUAAAGACAUCUACACCAUUUCAAUCCAGUCCCGUCCCUUCCAAAAUUCGAUUUCCAACGUGCGCCUAAAUUGGCAGGCAUGUAAUUUCCUCCUGGGCCCGUGGAGGCCAGCGCAGGAGGCAUUGGCUUUUGGGAGGGGACGCACACGGGUGGCAGUUUGUGCCCGUCGGACCUGUGCGGGGGUCACCAUUGGGACUAUUCGGUUUUUUGGACCGAAAGACCCUCCGGUAGAUUCCUCCGGCCGGUCCCUGCAGAAGUGUCCCGUUGGAGGGGCUCCCGUGGUCAGGGUGUCACAGGUGGCUUUCUGGGCAAGAACUGUGCGUGAGCUCUUGCACCGAAGUGCCUCCCCCACGUGGAUUUCGAAACGGCCUUGGAGAGCUUGCAGGCCAGCCUGCAGAAGGAAGACCCUCUCCCCUUUGGGGUCUGGAGUCUCUUUCUCCCUCCUUUCAUCAGAGGAACUCUCAGUUCUCAGCUGGAGACGUUUGAUUCUCUUUAACCGGCUCCGCCGAAUCCCAAGAGAGUUCGGGGUUCGGCAACCGGCGGGUGGUCGGCCUGGGCGGAUAAAGGCUGGCGGUUAAAAAGAGUUUAGCCAAAUGGACUUUACCUUUUGUUUUCCACGCUGCUAGCUGAAGUGUGGUCUUUUUAUUCCUGGCCGGGCCUUCAAAAUCCUCUCGGUGGUAGUUUCUAUCCUGUUUUUCAGGGCUGUGGGGUUUGGGAAUAAUGAUGCUAUUACGAUUUUGACAUGAAUAUUGUUUCUGGCUGCAUCAGUGCUGUUCAUAACCGCAAAGCAGAAUUAAAAAGGAACAAUUGAAUUGGA